AUGCUUUUCCCGACGCCGCCUGUGGGCCGCCCGGUCCGCAGCGCGAGCUGGGGUCGGUUGCUGUUCCCUGGACGCGCGCUAGGCCCAUUCCAGGGCCCCGCUGUCUCCCCGGCGCGGGCCGCGCCCGGCCAGGAGGACGCGCAGCUCGCCUGUCAGCGACCCGCAGGGAAUUUGGGCUCUGCGAGGUCCGUGGGGCUCCGCUCUGUCUACCCGCGCGGGGCGGAAGGCUCGCUCUCGGCCGCCAGGCGGCGCUGCGCGCCCACCGAGGCCGGACCGCUUUGCCCGGCGCACGAGGCGCCGAACUUCUGCUGCGGUGAGCGCCGAAGUGGAGCCCCGCGUCUGCGCACGGCCCCGGCCCGAAAGCGCCCCGCCGCGGCGGCUCUCGGGCACCUCCCGCCCGCGCGCCCCUCCCCGGGGUGGGCCUCGCGUCCGCUCGGGCGGAGCCAGCGGCUCAGAGGAAACCGCCCGUCCGCGGUGGCCCGAGCAGCUGCCGGCGAGGGGCGUGCGCUGCUGCCUCCGCGCCUCGGAGGCCCGCACGGCAGAGCCAUGGGUCCCGGCGAGCGCCCCGGCCCCAGCCCGGCGCGGAGCAGCGGCCCCGCGGGCCCCGCGAGCACGGCCGGCCGGGCGGCGAGCGCGCUGUGCCUGCUGCUCUCCGUGGGCUCGGCCGCCGCCUGCCUGCUGCUCGGCGCGCAGGGAGCCGCGCUGAGGGCGCGGGUGGCGGCGCUGGAGGACGAGCGGGAGCUGCUGCGGCGAGGGGCGCUGGCCGCCUGGGCCGGGCCGCACCUGGAGCGCCUGCUGCGGGAGAAGCUGGACGGACUCGCCAAGCUCCGGACUGCUCGGGAAGCCCCGUCGGAGUGUGUCUGUCCACCAGGCCCCCCUGGAAGGCGUGGCAAGCCUGGAAGAAGAGGCGACCCCGGUCCUCCAGGACAAUCAGGACGAGAUGGCUACCCGGGACCACUUGGUCUGGAUGGCAAACCCGGACUUCCAGGCCCCAAAGGGGAAAAGGGUGCGCCAGGAGACUUCGGCCCCUGGGGGGAACAAGGGCAAGAUGGAGCUGCAGGGCCUCCAGGGCCACCUGGGCCGCCUGGGGCCCGGGGCCCUCCUGGUGACACUGGGAAAGACGGCCCCCGAGGAGCUCAAGGCCCGGCGGGUCCCAAGGGAGCGCCUGGGCAGCACGGCGAGACGGGCCCCAAGGGAGCCCCAGGGCCCAAGGGGGAGGACGGGAUGCCCAGCCAGCCAGGGCUCCCCGGGCCCCCAGGCCCCAAGGGCGAGCCAGGGAGUGCGGGGCCCCAAGGACAGAGCGGCAUGGACGGCGCCCCAGGCCCGAAGGGGGAGCCCGGCCCUAGAGGCACCGAUGGAGCCGCGGGGCCCCGGGGUCCCCCGGGCCUCAAGGGCGAGCAGGGAGACACAGUGGUGAUCGACUACGACGGCAGGAUCUUGGAUGCCCUGAAGGGUCCCCCCGGGGCGCAGGGAGCCCCAGGGCCACCAGGGAUCCCCGGAGCCAAGGGUGAGCUCGGGUUGCCGGGUGCCCCAGGAAUCGAUGGAGAGAAGGGUCCCAAAGGGCAGAAAGGAGACCCAGGAGAGCCCGGGCCGGCGGGGCCCAAAGGGGAAGCAGGCGAGGUGGGCUUGUCCGGCCUGCCGGGCGCUGAUGGCCCCAAGGGAGAGAAGGGAGACUCGGCAUCUGAGAGCCUGCAGGAGAGCCUGGCCCAGAUCAUAGCGGAACCAGGGCCCCCCGGGCCCCCCGGCCCCCCGGGCCUCCCGGGAAUCCAGGGCCCCAAGGGCCUGGACGGAGCAAAGGGAGAGAAAGGCGCAUCAGGCGAGAGAGGCCCUAGCGGCCUGCCAGGGCCAGUCGGCCCGCCGGGCCUUAUUGGGCUGCCAGGAACCAAAGGAGAGAAGGGCAGACCCGGGGAGCCAGGACUCGAUGGCUUCCCUGGUGCCCGAGGUGAGAAAGGCGACCGGAGUGAGCGUGGAGAGAAGGGGGAGCGAGGUGUCCCCGGCCGGAAAGGCGUGAAGGGCCAGAAGGGAGAGCCAGGGCCGCCAGGCCUGGACCAGCCGUGCCCUGUGGUGGUCGGAGAGCCCCAUGACAAAAGAGCCCAAAGGACAGAGAGGAGGGCACCACAGAGGCCGGCCGGCCGCAGCUGGGGGCAGUGCGGCCCGGUUCCAGCCUCACCCUCACCCUGCCUGGGCAGCUCCCUGCCAGCCUCUGUCUCUGCACAGGACCGCCCCCGAUGCGGAGGCAAGCAGGGCCCACCCGGGUCCUGGGGCCCAGCGAGGGGCAGCGGGCCCUGCCCUGUGGGACAAGAUGGGCUGCCCGUGCCUGGCUGCUGGCAUAAGUGACCCUCCAGCCCAGCGCACAACCUGUACAGAUCCGUGUGAACCUUUUUAAUUCUUGUAAAAACAAAACAGUAAUAUAUUGAUCUUUCGUGGAACGCACCACUGUGGCCUGUAAACCUGGCCGGUGCCACCCAGCCCAGCGGGCAGCACGGGCAGCAUGCAGGACGGGGUGCACUUGUGGCACUGUGGGGCUCUGCUUGCCCAGGAAGGAGACGACGGUGACCGCACCUGCUCGGUUGGGUUUCCGGUCACCGGAUUAGCAGACUUGGCCCCCGCUGCCUUGCAAGAGCUGUCCCCAAAGCCAGGAGUCCCAGGACACACCGGAUCCAGCCAGACCCCCUUGGCCUGCUGCUCUGGCCUCUCCAGCCUCCAGACUUCGCCACAGCUGGCCGCCUGGACCCUGGCUCACCCAGGCAGGACACAACUCUGCCGGGUACUUGGCACUGGACCAGGGAGGCUCUGCAGAAAGCACCAGUGCUGGUCUGGCUCCCUCUGGAAACUGGGAGCAGGGCCCAAGACAGAGCCCGCUGUGGGGUGGUGGUCGCCGGGCAUCGGACAGAGAGCCCCAGGCUGCGCUGGCUACUUCACGUCCUCACAUCUCUCGGAGAGGGAUGGGGCACUGGGCUGCCUGAGGAGACGUCCCCCACCCAGGGCUGUGGUCAGCCUGGCAGCACGGGGCCGCCAGUGAGGGGUGCAGUGGGGCGAGUGCAAGGCUGUCCGGCUCCUCUCCCCAUGUGUAACAGGUGUGCUCAGGUAAUAAACGCCACCGUGUGUGCUACGCCUGUCCUUGUGGGUGGCCCUGGCCACCUCAGGCACUGAGCGCUGGAGAGACAGGGACCCUCUUGUGUCAGAGCCACGCCAGAACCAGAGGAGGAAGCACGGGACUGGGGCCCAGACGGGACAGUUAGGAAGACAGCUCCACACCUGGGCCUGCCACAGUCCGCAGAGACCUUUGGCCUGUUGCUCCAGGUCACUGAGCUGCUCUUGGCCUCCUGCACUCUGGUUGCCAGUGAAUGCUGCGUGCAGAUCACCCCAAAGCUUGCGACCUUAAAAUAUGGCCAAGGGUGAUGGUUCGCACCUAUAAUUCCAGGACUCAGGAGGCUGAGGCAGGAGGAUCCACACGAGUUCGAGGGCAGCCUGGGCUACAGAGUGAGUUAAGUUCAGCCUGAACUGCAUAGAGAGACCCUGUCUCAAAAAGUAAAACAUUUCGGGGCGGGGGCGAAUGGACUCAGGCGGGUAGUUCUCACUCAGUCUCCCACAGCUGGUGGCCGAUGGUGCCCGUCCACUAGGAGCAGGACAGCCAGAACACCCCUUGGGUUCUUCCUCACUUCGUGGUGGCUGGAUUCUGAGGGUAAACAAAUCAGGUGGGUCCGGGGAAGCUGUCAGCGGUGACCAAGCCUGCAAAGUCGUAUGGGUCCCUUCCUGACAGUCAGAGGUUCGGCCCAACCCGAGGAGGAGGCAGAUGCCCCUCUCGAAGCACAUUUGGGGAGAAAAGGCAUAGAAAAGCUGCUCGACCAGCCCAGGGGCCACCAGAGGAGCCGGAACGGGGAAAAGCAAGGAGCCACAGGCGGGCUGAGCCAGCAGGAGAAAUGGCCCCAGUGCACGCCUCCUACGCGGCCCAUUCCGGUUCGCUCGUGGCCUCCCCGCCCCUCGGGAAGCCCCCACCCCUCGAAGCUCCGCGGGGACCGAGGCUCGGGGCGGGCACCCGGAUGGGGCGGCAGCGAGGGCCUGCAGCCUGGCAAAGGCUGGGCUCUGGCCUGUCCUUUCGAAUCGUUUGGCAGGGGGUGACCGGGUCUGGCAGGCAGAUCUUGGAGGGGUCGAAGCCUCGCGCUCCUCCGCCUCAGGUUCCACUUGGCCCGUUGUGCCCCCUCGUGGCUGCAGACCAACCUGCAGCGCCAGGGCGGUUGGUCGGAUGAGGCUGUGGGAGAUGUCCCAGGGCCCAGGGGGAUAACCUCCCUGCCCGCAGCUGAGCUUCAAGGGCGGGGGCGCUGGGCCCCUCACUACCCUUCCGAAGGGAGAGCGGCACAUUUACCGCGUCUUGCUGUGUGCUGUGACAUCUAAACUAAUGGCCAGGACCACAGUCCCCCCCUUUUUCAGUACUGAGAUUGCACCCAGGGCCUUCACACUGGGCUGCAUUCCCACCCCUUUAAAAUUUU